GGAGCACGGCGGCGCUGGGGACGGAGCGGAGCAGGCCGCGGCCCGGGGCCCGCCAUGCCGUACGCCAACCAGCCCACGGUGCGCAUCACCGAGCUCACCGACGAGAACGUCAAGUUCAUCAUCGAGAACACGGACCUGGCGGUAGCGAAUUCCAUCCGAAGAGUGUUUAUAGCCGAAGUUCCCAUAAUAGCCAUAGACUGGGUCCAGAUAGAUGCUAACUCCUCUGUGCUCCAUGAUGAGUUCAUUGCACACAGAUUGGGUCUGAUCCCACUUACCAGCGAUGACAUUGUGGAUAAGCUGCAGUACUCCAGGGAUUGUACAUGUGAUGAGUUCUGUCCAGAGUGUUCUGUGGAGUUUACCCUGGAUGUCCGGUGCAAUGAAGACCAGACUCGUCACGUGACAUCCCGUGAUCUCAUCUCCAACAACCCCCGGGUUAUACCGGUGACAUCCCGGAGCAGAGACAAUGACCCCAAUGACUAUGUGGAGCAGGAUGAUAUCCUCAUUGUCAAGUUACGGAAAGGCCAGGAGCUGAGAUUGCGAGCCUAUGCCAAGAAGGGAUUUGGCAAGGAGCAUGCCAAGUGGAACCCUACAGCAGGAGUAGCCUUUGAGUACGAUCCAGACAACGCGUUGAGGCACACAGUCUACCCCAAGCCUGAGGAAUGGCCAAAGAGUGAAUACUCUGAAAUUGACGAGGAUGAGGCCCAGGCUCCCUAUGACCCCAAUGGAAAGCCAGAGCGGUUUUAUUACAACGUGGAGUCCUGCGGCUCCCUGCGGCCGGAGACCAUCGUUCUCUCGGCACUGUCCGGGCUGAAGAAGAAACUGAGCGACCUCCAGACCCAGCUAAGUCACGAGAUCCAGAGUGAUGUCCUGACUAUAAACUGA